CUGUUGGAGGAUGUGGACUUAAUUAUUGUACUACUCACUAGCCACACAGGAAGUUAGAGAGGCAGCUUUUGCUUUAUAAAUACCAAGGCAUAGUGAGGCCACAGGUUCUACUCUACUGCUGUUUUGCAGGUUAGUUGCUGGUUAGUUGCUGGUUGGUUGGGUUCUUUUACUUUGGUUUGGAGAACCCAAAAUGGCUCUCUCUCUUUACUCUUUCACUCUGCUCUGCUUCUUCUUUCUUUUUCAUUUCUUCACUAUCAAUGCCUACCCUGUCCACCAUAACUACCCUUUUCACCGCCACCACCACCCUCACUUUGCCAGUCAUAACUACAGAGAUGCUCUCACCAAAUCAAUACUCUUCUUUGAAGGCCAAAGGUCUGGAAGCCUCCCUUCUAACCAGAGAAUCACUUGGAGGAGGAACUCUGGUCUCUCAGAUGGCGCAGCUAUGCAUGUUGAUUUGGUUGGAGGGUACUAUGAUGCAGGGGACAAUGUGAAGUUUGGUUUCCCUAUGGCUUUCACCACCACUAUGCUUUCAUGGAGUGUUAUUGAGUUUGGUGGGUUGAUGAAAAGUGAGUUACCGAAUGCCAAAGAAGCCAUUCGUUGGGCCACUGAUUACCUCCUCAAAGCCACUGCACAUCCAGACACCAUUUAUGUUCAGGUGGGUGAUGCUAACAAGGAUCAUGCUUGUUGGGAGAGACCUGAAGACAUGGAUACCCCAAGGAGUGUGUUCAAGGUAGACAAGAACUCUCCUGGUUCUGAUGUAGCAGCUGAAACUGCUGCUGCUCUUGCAUCUGCUUCAUUGGUCUUCAGAAGAAGUGACCCAACAUACUCCAAUCUUUUGGUCACUCGGGCUAUAAGGGUGUUUGAGUUUGCUGAUAAGUACAGAGCACCCUACAGCAAUGGUUUGAGGAAAGUUGUGUGUCCCUUUUAUUGCUCUUUCUCUGGUUAUCAGGAUGAGCUUUUGUGGGGUGCUGCUUGGCUACACAAGGCUACCAGAAAUCCAGCUUUCCUCAACUACAUUCAAGUUAAUGGAGAGCUCCUUGGAGCUGCAGAUUUUGACAAUUUCUUUGGGUGGGAUAACAAGCAUGUUGGGGCAAGAAUUCUUCUCUCCAAGGCUUUUCUUGUCCAGAAUGUCCAAUCACUCCAUGACUACAAGGGUCAUGCAGAUAAUUUCAUUUGCUCUCUUAUACCAGGGGCCCCUUUUUCUUCUACCAAAUAUACCCCAGGUGGGCUUCUGUUUAAGAUGGGUGAUAGCAACAUGCAGUAUGUGACCUCCACUUCAUUCCUGCUCUUAGCCUAUGCCAAAUACUUAACAACUGCUCACAAGUUUGUUGACUGUGGUGGAAUCACUGUCACACCAAAUAGGCUCCGAGCCCUUGCCAAAAGACAGGUGGACUACUUGCUAGGAGAUAACCCAUUGAAGAUGUCCUACAUGGUGGGUUAUGGUCCAAGGUACCCACAAAGGAUACACCACAGGGGCGCAUCACUACCGUCCGUUGCAUCACACCCAGCCAAGAUCCAAUGCUCUCCAGGCUUCAGUUUCAUGAAAUCCCAAUCCCCCAAUCCAAACGUAUUGGUCGGUGCAGUUGUUGGUGGACCCGACCAGAAUGAUAGGUUCCCAGAUCAAAGGCCAGACUAUGAGCAGUCAGAGCCAGCCACUUACAUUAACGCACCUCUAGUAGGGUCAUUGGCUUAUCUUGCUCACUCAUUUGGCCAGCUCUAGUGUCUUAUUCGACCCUAUAGUAGUAACUAGUAACUAGUAACUCCCAUUUUCUUCUCUCUCUUUUUGGGGUUUAGAUGAUGAAGUCUUUUUUAUUUCUCAUCGAGUGCACGUGGUAACAGCCUAUAGGUUGGAGAGCAACGCUCGAACCCCAAACCUUUGAAGCACAAUGGUCAAUGGGGUAGAUGGCCUUGGCUGCUGGAUAGUAUUUAAUAUUUAUACAUAAUUAUUGUGAUGAUUUGAGCAAAUCUCGUGCCAUCAACGGCGUUUUUAUCAUGUAAAGGAUGUGGACACAACAUAUAGUCCACUGUGUUGUUUUUUUAAGAAGAUGAAUGAAUGAUAGUCCCAUUCUGGGAAUUUGCAAUU